UCUUCUCCUCUGUUUUCCUAUCGCUCCAGCCUCCAGGCGCCUUGGCCGGAGCUCCGACGAUCUUCCAGCAGCGAUGGCCGAGACCGGAGAAGACGACGGCGAAGUAGCCGCUCCUCUUCCUCCCCCUCCCCCUCAUACUCUGGCGAAGCCACGCACUACUUCGACGAUGAGGCGGCGGAGCAGAGCACCAGCACAGGGUCGGCGACGAGCCGUCCUCACGGAUGGAGAACCUUCCUCGCCUGGGGUAGCUGCCCUGAAUCACAGCAGGGCAAAAAAAAGUACUCUUUACUUGAGCAUUUCACUGUUACCCCGAGGAUCCAAGCAGUGCGUCAAAAUUAGUCCUUGAUGUGAUUCCUGUGGUGUUCUCCACGGAUCUGAACCUCUGGGGCAAAAAAAAAAGGGUGUUUUAUGGGUUUUGUUGCCUGGGACGGGCAGGGAGCUUGGAUAAAAAUUCAACCCGACUAAAAAUUCAGGCCCUUCCUUGACCCUUGUCGUGGGAGUUUCAGCCUGCUGUGAUGUCACUGCUUCCUCUUAAAGAGGCUGUGAGGAGGACAAGCAUUGUUUGGAGAGAAGUUGGAAAAUGCUCUGGACAUUCCGUUGUAAUCUGUGUUUUUAUGGCCCCAGUGAUCUGGAUUUAGACACUGAUGAACGACACAUCUUUGGUUUUCUGAAAAUAAAACGAGCUAAGUUCACUGAGGCUGUAAAUUGGAUUACUAAGUGGCAUAGUGGGAUAGGGGUCGAUAACUUCUGCAUCGGGUGUGGCUUGCACAAAGAGGACUUUCGAUCAUCUUGACAGGUGGAUUUUACUUUGCCGCUUCAUGGAAAGCGAGGAUCAUAGCUUUUGACCUGGAGAAAACCUAUUCGCCAUCCGAAGAAGUUCACCACUUUCCUCUUGAGGCCUUGGGUGUACAAGGCAGCUCUUGUGUGCAUUCUUUGUUUCUCGCUGCUGUUUCUAUAAAGCCAUACCCAGGUAUAUAUACAUGUGGGUUUACAGUACCCAGCAGGACUAAUUUAAGUAUAUCACACCAACUUGACAAACUUCAACAUUUACUAAUUCAUGGAAUGAAUGUCAAGAUGGUUGAGUUGAGUUUCAUGCUGCUCUUGCCCAUUUUGUGUACGAAGGACAAUGGAUCCCUAUAGUACUUCAUGGUUGCUCGAAAUUAGAUAAGGCUACAAUAAUAUUGUUUAAAGGCAGCAAAGGACUGGCCCAUGUAUUCGCUUUAGUUCCAAGUAUUUUUCCAGUGAAGAUACUACAUGUGCAAGCUUAUAUACAUGGAUAUGAACAGUUGCAGUAGCUGACAACAAGACGACAUGGCAUGUUUAUGCAUCUGAGGCAUCUGACUUGUCCACUUAACUGUCUUCUCUAGGCAGCCAAAUGCCAAUAACGGAGUUCUUCAUGAAAUGCAGAUGGUAUAUCUGAACUUUGACGACGGUGGGAGCGUACUUUAUCUUGCAGAAUGCUCGUGUUCUCGAGCACAUGGAAACACAGCCAAGGGUCGCGGCCGGUAUGUUCCCCAUUUCAGGAUCAUGGCGCAGGCAUUGUUGAGAGGCACCUGUUGGUGUCCACUUCGUAUGUCUCUGCAGGAGGCCACCUCUUGCGGACGACGUCGGCACGAAGUACACCAUGCUUGACCCUAGGUUCGACAAGCGUCACCGUGUCCGUUUCAUUGAGAAUGGAGUGGUAAUUACCAUUUCAAACCAAAUCUUUCGAAUUGAUGAAAACAAGUUGCUAACUAUUAUGUUCAUGAUAAUUAUGCUUUGGUUAUUGAUUUUCACAUAUGCUGCCACCACUACGGAUGAGGGCUCACAAGACGACGGUUAAGAUGGAGUACAACGAGCAGUACGCACCGUUCUUCAGGAGAGCCCGACUAUUCGGUUUCGUCCUGCAGUUCAAGCGUAAGCCGCCGACGCUUGUCCACUCAGCUCUCAUGGCUUUGAUCGACCGGUGGUGGCCAGAGACGCACAUCUUUCAUCUUCCAUGUGGGGAGAUGACCGUGAACCUCGAGGAUUGGGCGAUGAUUACGGCAGUACCGCUCCAGGGUCGUGCUCUCACAGGAAGAGUGGAGAGGGUGAACUGGCACGAGAGGGUUGUCAGCCUCAUCGGCGACUGCCCCCCCCCCCCCCCGCUAAGAGCAACCGGACUUCCGGCAUACCGUUGUCAUGGCUCCUCGAGCACCGGAGCAAGUGCCCGGAAGAUGCCGAGCCCCGGGUGGUGGAGCAGUACGCCAGGGCCUACCUGUGGUACAUUCUCACGGAGGUAGUGUUUCCGGACUGCUCCGAGAACUCUGUCCUAUGGAUGUAUCUCGACUUCCUAAAGGACUGGGAUGCGGGGUACAGCUGGGGGGCCGCCGGACUCGCCUACCUAUAUCGUUCGCUUGACGACGCGACCCGGAGAGCGGAAGUCACGUCUGGUAUGUGUGGAUGUGUAUGGGGCCUCUCCAUUUGGAUGUGGGAGCGAAUCCCGGUGGGCCGUCCAGAGAAGUUGCGCUCGCGUGCAUGGACGGACUAUGGCGGAGAUGGCGAAGAUGAUCGGAACCCGACCGUCGCAUACGCUUGGGACGUGGUGCAUGUCUACACGGGCGAAUCGAAGGCCUUGUACAAGGUCUUCAGCAACGAGCUUGAUGCUCUCACGCCUUUCCAGGUUACUUGGCGGUCGUAUAGUGAUGAUUGAGAGUUGGGGUUCGAGCUGAACAGCAUGUGCAAGCAGGACCGGCUUCUCUUCCGGUGCAUCGUGCCCAUGAUUUGUGUCUAUGCCGUGGAGUACCACUUGCCACAGCGCGUUGCCGCACAAUUUGGUAAGGUGCAACACACACCACCAACCGUCAUCGUCCGCGAUACCGGUGGCUACGACCUACACCUGAUGAGCAGGCAGAAGAAUCAAUCAAUCACGGAUUGGGAAGCCGAAAAUGCGAGAUACGUGCAUGAAUGGAACGAGUGGAAAACACGCAAAGACACGGAGAGGAGAGUGAUUGACUGGGACGACUACGAGGAUCACAUGUUGUGGUACGACGAUGGCAUCAAGCAUCGUCUGCGUCUGAGGCCCCAAUGGACGACAGCAGAUGCCGAAGACCUGUUCGAUGAUGCCUCAGAGAAUGAAGCCUACAACGAGAGCAUCAGACAGCUUCAAGGCGGGUUUAGGGAGUACAGACCCCUCAUGAACAGAGUGUCUUCGGAGCUGAACAAAAGCAUUUUUCAUGCCUCUGAUGCGCUUAGUGUUGUCCCUGGGACUCGAGCUAGUGAGAACAAGUUGAGGGAAACGAUGAAGAAAUACGUCAACAAAGCACGCCGGCUUGUGGGCCUACUUGGGUGUGCUACAAACACCGAGGAUGUUUUUCCUCCUGCACCGAUGUGUAGCCUCGCUUCAUCGAGCCAUGCAGCCUCGUCGUCUAGGGCGGCUCAAGAUGACGAGGAGGAGAACGACGACGAUGAUGAUGAUGCAGAGGAAGAGGAAGAAGAGGGCGCAGAAGAAGAGGGCGUCGAAGAAGAACAUGGUGAGGAAGAGGAAGAGCACGAUGAGGAUGAGGAGGAGGAGGAGUACGAUGAUGACGAUGGACCUCCAGUAACUCAGCCAACCGAGCGUGAGAAGAGGAAUAUGCCAAAGAAGGACUGGCAGAGUCCAUCCCCAUUUCAGAAAGCACGUCCUGCGGCCCGCAAGAAGACAACGGCCAAGAAGCGAUCCAAGGAUAACGAGGACCAAAAUUCGAAGAGGGGAAGGAAGGACUGAAGUUGCUGCCGUGUCGUUGAACUAAAAACUUGCAUAUUUGCUUCGUGAACCAUAUGAAUUUGCUCGUGAAACUGUUUCGUUAAAUUGCUAUGUACCAAACCUACCUUAUUUAUAGAUUUGUGGUGUGUGCAUCAUAUAUCAUAUAUU